AUGGGGGCGGGGGUGGAGGCGGGCUGGCAUGGGGGCGGCGGUGGAGGCGGGCUGGCAUGGGGGCGGGGGUGGAGGCGGGCUGGAUGGGGUGCUGCGGCUGCUGCUGCUGCUGAAGUGCUGAACCUGCUGCUGAACUUGCUGCUGCUGCUGCUUCAAUUUGAUUCAACCAAAGAAUGCAGAUAUUUGUUAGUUAUUAUGGAUGAUGACGAAGCCUUCUUAGACAUCAUUGAUUUUGGUUGCACACAAACGCAACCAAAGAGUCCAAUUGGAGAGCAGCCAACUCCAUCAACUCAGCAUCGUUCUGCAAUAACAGAGAAAGGAAAAUCCCACAAAGGAAAAAAUUGGUCUAGUGAUGAGGACAAGGUUCUCAUAGCAGCAUGGGCAAAUACAAGUUUGGAUAUUGUUGGGACAGAUCAAAACCGAGAUACUUAUUGGGCUAGAAUUUCAGAGUACUACAAUAGACAGAAGGAAUCAUCAUGGCCGGAACGAAAUGAUAAUGCAAUCAAUUGCCGUUACACUUUCAUUAACAGAGAGACCUCUAAAUUUUGUGGUUGCCUUCAGCAGAUUUUAAAUAGGCAAGAAAGUGGAAGGACUAUAGAAGAAAAGACAAACGAUGCACACAUUUUGUUCAAGGAAAUGGAUCCUAAAAAAAAGAAGCCUUUCACAUUGAUGCAUUGCUACAUAGAGUUUUCGAAGUAUCCAAAGUGGCAGACAAGAGAACUUGAAACUUCUGUGAAGAAACAAAAGAAGACCAUUGAUGCAAGUCCGGGCACAGCUACCAAUGAUCCGGCUGAUGCAUCCUCGGUACGUACUGAUGCUACCUCGAUACGCACUGAUGCUCUUGAACAUGAGACUAGACCUGAUGGUGUGAAGAAGGACAAGAGAGGUAAGGCUGAUGACAUUGCUUGCAAGUUUUCAUUAGAAACUGUGUGGGCAGCAAAACAAGAGAAGGAUGAGAUCAAAGAGGCGGCAAGAAAUGCUCGCUACGCGCAGCAACUUGAAUUGCGAAAAGAGGAGAUUGCACUAAAAAAGAAGGAGGAUGCACGAAACGAGAGGGAGGAUGCACGAAGACAGUUUGAAUUAGAUGAGAGGGUCAUGCUCAUGGACACUAGUGGUAUGACUGAUGCGCAAAAGCAGUUCUACCAAGCUAAGCAGAAGGAGAUCCUUGCUCGCGGCCUAGAGUAAUUUACUGCUUUCUACUAGUUGUUGUAAGAACAAUUUACUGCUUUCUACUAGUUGUUGUAAGAACAAUUUACUGCUUUCUGCUAGUUGAAGACAU